AUGGAAAAUAAUCUUCUACUUCUUGUACAUCCCGGGCGUCGUAUUGUAGUCGUGGGCGAUGGUAUUGCAGGAUGUGCGGCUACGUACGCUGUUCAUAAAGCAGGACUUGAUGAUACUAUUUAUGAAGCAAGUGAAAAGUUAACUAUAAAUGCAAAAACACACAAACGAAAUGAUGGUAAUACAACAGUUUUAAUUGUGUUCCUACGUGGACGAAAUCGCCUAACUUUUGCCGAUUAA